AUGACACCCGAGAUCAUCGACCUUUCAUCCGGCUCUGAGUCGGGAGAGCCUUAUAAUCACUACCCCGACAAGACCCUUCUAUCACCUUCUGCGUCUCUACCUCUGACUUCAAAAUCACACGAGAUGGAAGACUGGCCAGAGGAUAAGCCCGAGAUGCCUCGGCGAAGCUCCCAUGUCACUUGCACUCAGCCUAAUUUGUCUAUGAUCAUGAUAGACGAUGAUUCGAUCAUGGAAAUAUCCCACUCAUCGCCCACUUCACCAAGUGAGCCUUCGUCUCCAGACAUGGGUGAAUGGGGAUGGGUACACCAUGAUCCGCGUCGAAGCAAGCAAAGGCGAUCCGCCAAGGCAUAUCCGUCCUUCAAGGAUGUGGGCCGCCUUUUCCACCGUUUAGAUCCUGAGGACCCAAGUGAUUCGUCUAGAUCUUUGAUUCUCGAAAACUCGUCAUCACAGUCCACGACUGAUGAUUCUUUCACCACCGUGUCUGGGUCAUCAUCAACAAACCCAAUUGACCUGUCAGAGAUCGAGGACGAUCUGUGUGCCCUCCAUGUCGAACUUGGGCAUCGGUUAUCUGUCGUGCAGGAUCCACGGAGACAAUUUGCAACCCCACGAGCGACGCUGGCCGGUGAAAUUGACCACGUCGAGCUAAAUGGCGAGAUCCUUCAUCCAUCAUCAUCCAUUCGGCUUGUGAAUGGGUCGUACUUGCGCAUUGAGUGGAUCACUCAGCGCGAGGGACAAGUCUGUUUCUGGGGCCGACACCUGGUGGGCUGCCAUGACAGUCAAUGGCCUCUCUGUAUCCCCCAAGACGAGCAUGAACUGGUCUGGAUUCCCAAGAUGGACCAUGAAACGAAUCUCGUCAGCAUAGAGAGCCAUUUACCCGUUUCUCCGAUGGAAGUGGCAGGCCUCUGCGAGGUGAUAUUUACUAACGAGCGCCGGGGAAAGAAUACAAAUCAUCCACCUGGGGCUGGACUGUUUUGUCGGUUGAAGAUGACUGCCAGGAAGAGACCGAAAAUUUCUCCUCAUCGAUCCGGCGGCCUCCAGCCCAGCCGCACCCCAGAAUAUGACACGAGCGUUGAAUUUCUCACAUUGGAUGAAUGCGAUGAGGGAUACGGCUUCGAGUCACACGUUCUGCGUGAUCUGUAUCGCGGAUGCACAACCGUUCCCUUUGGAGAGGGUCGGGUAGGUUAUACCGGCCCUCCCACGGUCACAGAUGACGACGAGCAAGGGUCUCGGGAGGUGAUCGAUCUCACUGUUGAUCCCACCGCAUAUAUGUUCGGCGAUGCAUACUGUGGUGCCGGUGGAACUUCCUGCGGCGCAAAGCAGGCAGGCUUGCAGCUCAAGUGGGCAUGCGAUUUGGAUCCCUUUGCGGUGUCAACUUACGGAUUGAAUUUCCACAUUGAGAUCGACCAUUGUUCUUUCAAUGAUUUGUUGACCCAUUCGAAGGAGUAUCUCCGAGUCGAUGUCGCCCACUGCUCGCCACCGUGCCAGACCUAUUCGCCGGCACACACCAUCAAUUGCGAUCGUGAUGAUGAUAACUCGGCAUGUAUCUUCAGCGCGGGGAAUCUGAUGGAGCAUGCGCGUCCGCGUAUCCUCACGAUGGAGGAGACUGCAGGACUCAAGGAGCGUUUCCCAGCGAUAUUGAAUCGGGUGAUCAUGGAUAUGAUCGAAGCCGGAUAUUCGGUUCGAUGGGCUGUAAUUGAUGUGCUUCAUUACGGUGUGCCUCAAACUCGCAAGAGACUGAUCAUCAUUGCCGCAGGCCCUGGCGAGACCCUCCCUUCGUUCCCCGAAAUCACUCACGACCUGCCCGGAAGUGGUUGCCUGCCCGUGGUGACCAUCAAUGAUACGAUCACGAAUAUCCCCGAUGACGCACCGGACCAUGAUGUUCAAAGCUUGCUUAGAAAUUGGUCAAGGCAACUGCGUGCACCGUUCGAUGGUCGUCAGCUAGCAAAAACAUUGACCUGCAGUGGAGGGGAGGGUAAUUAUCACCCCUCGGGUCGGCGCAAGUUUACCCACCGAGAGGUCGCCUGUCUGCAAACCUUUCCUAUGAACUUUCAGUUUGCAGACAAGGGAGUUCGCAAGCAGGUUGGCAAUGCGGUACCGCCGGCCCUGGCGAAGGCGCUGUACACGGAGAUCAUCUCGUCCUUGCGGGCUACCGAUGCACGGGAGCGAGAGAAGCGGGAGCGCGAGUGCCAGCGCCAGCAAGUUAUAGCGGGACGCGAGUAAGGUGGUCACACUGACAUUAUAAUGACGGGUGAUAGCAGCGCAUUUGGAGGAGGAUGAUGGUAUAGUGAAUUGGGGGAAUGGCGUAUAGAGAAGGUGAGGAGGUUAUCAGAUCGGCGGGCAUGUGAAGAGGCCACACGCUCUCAUGGAAAGGGCUGGCCCGAGGCCGACCGCCCUUCG